AUGUCAGCUUCAGAGCCUCAAGGGUCAUCGACAAAUACAGGCGCAAUUGUUGGUGGUGUUGUCGGUGGAGUGGGCGGUGCACUCAUCAUUGUCGCCGCGAUAUGGUUUUUAAUGCGCCAUCGUCGUUCCCAAGUGGCAGCCAAGGGGUCAGACACAAAUCAUCAUUACGCCCAGCCAGGAUACCAUAGUGACACUGGCCCAGAUCAUCAUCAUGAUGUUCCUCAGCAAGAAGUCAUGGGUAGUACUCGGCACCCCCAGGAGCUAUCUGGAAACAAUAGUGGGGCCAAGUCGUUUUCCGAGCUUUCUUAG